GGCCAGCCCCGAGUCUAGGGUUCCCCGGCUCCACCCGCGGCCUGGUCGGGGGCUCCCCCCUCACAGCCCUCAGAGGAACCUCGGGCACUCGGGUGCCUGGUGGGUACGGAACCGUCGGCUGCUGUGAAAAGCAGGACCACUCGCCUUUUGGUUCCCUCUUCUGCCUCUGUAACGUUAGAAUAAGCGGUUUUGUGUUGUGGGGGAGAAGACAAUGAGUGGAAACGAGGACGACUGGCUGGCUCUCAAACCCCAGGAACCUUCUCCAUCCCAGUGCUGCGGCAGCGGCUGCAAACCCUGCAUCUAUGAUGUGUACGAGAAGGAGCUUGCACAAUGGGAAAGGGCCAAGGCAAAGAAAGACAAAAGCCUCCUCAUGGAAAAAAAGGAGCAGAGCAAUAAUUCAGAACUGAAUCCAGAUACAUUUACUGCAUUCAACAUUAGCUCGGUGGAGCAGCUAACAGAGGACACCUACCAGUACAAAUUUGAAUUACCGGGAAAUAGCAGUCUGCAAUUGAGUUUAGGACAACAUAUCGUGUUAAGAGGAGUGGUGAAUGGGUUGGAGGUCCAGCGAGCCUAUACUCCGAUUAGCCCAGGGAAUGCAGAAGGGUACUUUGAAGUUUUAAUGAAAUGCUAUGAAGCCGGGCUAAUGUCACAAUACAUAAAAACGUGGAAAAAAGGAGACAUGGUCUUUUGGCGUGGGCCAUUUGGAGGGUUCCCAUAUCGACCUAAUAAGUAUGGAGAACUCCUCAUGCUGGCAUCUGGUACCGGCCUUGCACCGAUGCUUCCCAUCCUCCAGUCCAUAACAGAUGAUGAAGAGGAUGAAACCUUUGUAACUCUUGUUGGCUGCUUCCGUACCUUUGACAAAAUUUAUUUGAAACCUCUUCUGCAGGAUCUGGCUCGAUACUGGAACGUCAGAAUAUUUUACGUCCUAAGCCAGGAAACUUCACUGGAAAAACUUCCUUGGAGCUAUCAGGAAAACACAUACAUUGGUCGUCUCGCUGAAGACCUGAUGAAGAUGAUAAUAAAUUCCUGUCGAAGAAAGCCAUUUGUAUUGAUCUGCGGCUCUUCUGCAUUCAAUGAAGAUAUGAAUAGAUACUUGAAAGCUGCAGGAAUCGAAGAAAAUUCCUGUUUUUUCUUUUAGCAGAAUAUUCCUGACCCGAGGAACCUUAGGCGGAGCCUUGGACAUCAUUGUUUCUCUGCAGACAUUACUCAAAAUUGGUCAUCUCGAUAGACUGAGUUCCUUGUGCAUAGACUUUCAUAGGCCUUUGGAUCAAAUAUUUGUCUCCAGUACGAUUCUCACUCUUGAGAAUGUUUUAAUGAACAGGUGCCGUUCCAGAGUGGCUACCAUGUGAUGUGCCACCCACACCUCAGGGAACAGCAUGGUAAUUUUAAUGGAAGUCUGCACGUGCAAUUUUAAGAGACAGCUCUUAAAAGCAUCCUAGCGUUAUUAAAAAAGCAUCCAAGUACACAGCUGUCUUUUAAUAUGAAGACCAGUGACUUGCUGUGCAAUCCGUGUUAGUCUGCAGUGGUAUCGUGCCCUGUUAGGUGUCCUGAGGAGAGACUUCAUCCUGAGGGAGAAGACUGCCCGGCCAAGGGAACAGCAGAACAUUCUGGAUUCUGUGGGGUUCAUUUUGGUUGUGUCAUUAUCUUGCUGGGGGUGCCAGGCAAGUCACUUCAACCUCUCUGUGCCUCAGUUGCCCCGUUGUACACUAAUACAGAGAAGGCAGCACCGAUCUUCGCUGAAAAGAGCCUUUCCAACCCUAUAAUGGAAAAAGCUAUACAUAAGGAUGCCCAGCAAGGACUUAUGUGGGCCCCCCUGCCCUAGCGCAGCCUGCAUUGCCUACCCUGGCCCUUGGCCCUUGAAAUGCUGCCUGGGGAGAGGAAGAGCAGAGCAUGUCCUAAAAUUCUGUGUGAGAAAGCAUCUGGGAAUCUAGCUGCUCUCGGGGAGGAUGGUUGGUUGCUUUCCGUGUCCCCUAAGUGUUGUGUAAUAGCCCUGGUUCAUUCAAUUGAACCUCUUUUCAAAUAAACAGCUGUUUCUUUUUGUCACAGGUGCCCAAGGGGUGCCCCAGGCGUACAAGAACACUGCCUGAGGAGCUGAAGUGUUGCUGGGGUUCUCUCUCCCAUGGGGCAGGGGAGAGAGCCAAGGCCCUACCCCAGGGAUGGCAGCCCUGCAGCUGCCCUGGCAGAGCACCCAGCCCGGGCACCCCAGCGCCUUCCUCCUCUUUCAGUCCAAGAUGCUGCUGCCUUUCCUCUGAGACACCCGCUGUCCGCUCGUUAACCUUCUGGGACCACUGUGUUUACUAACUGCACCUGGAAAUACAGACUUUCUGCACGCCUUUGUGUUUUUUCUGUUCAUUCCCAGUUUAUCCUGUGUUGGGGUUUCCCAGGCUGUGACAGAUGACGUUGCGUUAUCAUUCCUGUCUCUUUUUUA